AUGACUACCGAGCUAUAUCGGUGUAGCUUCACAUGGCCUCAGGUAGAAGGCAGCAUAGAAAAACAAAUAACGUUCCAAGUUGCCACAUCUUCCGAACCAGAUUUUGUUCCGCUGGAAGAACUUCUCGAUUUGGACAUGUGCUUGAUUUUAUCUGGAACCGAUGAACAAGAGGCUUGCGAAAUGCGCCUGACAAUCGCUCCACUGUAUUUACCCAGAGCCGUUUCGCUGGUGGUUGAAUGUCCGGUAAUAGAAUGUUAUUACGGCCGAUUGAACGAGUACUACAGCACCUAUCACGGUGAGCUGGUAUAUACGCUUGAAGAUGUGAAAGUGUUCCGCUUUGAUAUACGCAUUGCAACGGACAUUGAUGAGCUGCAGCUGAAAUUCAUCACGAACAAAAGUGAGCCGCUCUGUCUGUACGGUACCCGUUUGUAUCUGUCGCGCAACACAGAUCCCCUGCGUACGAUGAUGGCGAUGAUGGGAGGGAGAAAAAUUAAUCCCGUUGCUGUCGAGCAUCGUUUGCAAGAAACGGACCUAUCCGAGAAGGCGGAAAAAUGCAAACGUUUGAUUCUUGGUUCUAUGCUUUCGUCGGAACAAAACAUUGUUAAUAACAAUGCACAAACGGGAGAAUCUACGGAACAGAUGGCUACUUCACCCCCACAGGACAGGACGGAUAGCAGUUUGCCGAAUAUUUUCAGCAAGAUGGAACUUUCAACGGGCCUAACUCAGAACACUACACUAAUGGAAGCUGCAAUGAAGCAAUACAUAGAUGCCAAGUUCAUCGAAUUACAGCAGAUGCUUGAUAACCGGCUGACCGUAUUAGAAACUCGCCAAAACCGAAAGCUUGACCGGAUAUUAGCAUUAUUACAAGAGAACGCGAAUGAUUCUACAGCAAAUGUACAAUAA